CAGAACAUUCAAAACUAUUCUGAUAAAAUCUUUUAUUUUAUCAGAAUUGAAAUAUACAUGAGUAAAAAAGUAAAAGCUUUUUUCAGUCCUUUUUCCUCAACAAAAUAAACAUUUUAAUAAAAAUGAAGUCCUAAUUCGUGAUUCAAGUGAAUAAAAUCAAAACUUUAUUGAACUUUUAUUUUUUUUAUUCUUUAUUUUUUACAGGCAAGCCAUUAAGAACAAAUUCUUAUUUACAAUGGCGGCCUGACAAGUGGGGUAACCACUUAGGGAAAAGGAAAUGGGGCUGAAAUAAAUACAGUACAUUAGAAAUACAUACAGUUUUAGCAAUAACAUAAAAUACAAAUUAAAAACACAACGCAACAUUUUUAUUUAAUUACAUUGUUAUUGAAAACAAAUUAAAUUGCGGUAAUCAUUGUUAUUGUUUUAUUGUGCAGCUCCACUCCAAACCAAUCAGAGACUGACCAGCAGCUUAAUCAAUAAUUUAAUGAAUGAAAACAACCCACAAAAAUUAAACGACUGUUUUGUCCAACUGGAUUAACGUUGUAGCCUCUAGUGGGAAGCUAUGUUAGUACGAGAUAAUACAUACUUAGUAUUAAAUGUUAUUUAUACUAGUUUCUCCUUCGGGUUGGGGUGAGUACCUACUGGCACCGGUUCAAGCACUGAAUAAACGGAGGUAAAGAGGGUUGAUAGUUCAGAGUGCUCUACAGGAGGCGUAGACGGCAUCAGGGGAAGUUAGAGACGGACACAUUCAGCAGGGGUGUAAAGGAAUAAAACAAAAGAUUACAGUGGCGUCACAAGAUAUGAAGAAAUCCUCUCUAAUUUCAUUCACUUCAAACAGAAAAGUAUCAUUUGAUUCAAAAGAUCUGAGGUUAGUUUCAGAUACGUGGAGGAUAAAAAAAAAAAAAAGAUUCUCCGUGUUUAUCUAUAUUUUUUCUUACAUUCCUGACAUUUCGCAGGUUAUAAAUGGUCGUCUUUGCAGACCAAAACGAACAAAGACGAUUGGUCCAGCAGCCUGUGGUUUUAAUGUUACUUAAAGUCAAACCUCCAUCACUUCUAUAUACCCAGGGACACCGUAACACCUCCGUACUGCAGCCACAGAGGGACAUGGUUUACAAAAUGCCCACGCGUCUCACACUGGGAAGUUAACGUUGUAACGCGCUCUCAGCCUGCUGCUGACAUGGAGGAAAUCCCGCCGGAUACACGUGGAAACAAAAGCCCCCCGAUGUGCCUUUAACGUGACUCCAAAUGAUUCCAGCAGAAACGUGCCUGAGCUUCAUGUGUCUGUCUGCACAUUUCCUCAUUUCAUUUGUUAGAAGUCUUUUAAUAAAUAUUCGUGUCUGGAUUUAAGAAGCCGUGUAUUUCAAGUCAUUAAGCCAGAACUUCCUUUAGGAGCAGCGCGACUGGGCUUCUGUCUCCUGGACUCGAAAAGGUCCAGCUCUGAUUUACACGAAAAACCCAAGAUGGAUUCAGAUCAGAGUUAAGAUCUGGGCAUUUCUUAAAUAUCUGUGUUGUCCUUCCACAUGUGUGUUACCGGGUUUACCUGCCACCUUUCUUUACGCCUGCUAAGUCUCUAAAGCCUGUAAUCUCCACCCGUCACUGCCCGCUGAUUAAAACACACACACACCUUUUUAAAAGCAGCGGCCUCAGGCCAGAUAUCGGGUGGCGACCGCCGGCCGGCGGGCGCUCUCUGUGCCUCCGGUGUUCUCAUCUGGAUUUGACCUAUUCUCCAUUACAUGCUGAUCUGAACGGCUUAUGGUGUUUUUCUUCAGCGGUCAUGUGACAUUUAAAACGCCAGGAGCCUCAUUUCUUUCAGUGUUUGAUCCAGAAAUGACUGAUAGUCAAAUUAAUCUGUCUGCGUCCAAGAUAUGCUGUUUGUUUUGUUUGUUUAGGCGUGAAAACAUCCUGCAGGUCGACUCAAUCUGCACUGAAACACCCGAACAGUCUCUUCUUCUGUGCUUUUUACCGUCACAUACUGUCCACACAGGCUGACGUCACGGUUUCCCUAAAGCUCAGUUUACCUCGUCCAGCUGAAACCUGAGGCUCGUGUUUUCAGCUCUGCCCGCAGCUUUUUCCAUGUUCACUCAAAAACAUGAGGUUGUUUUUGUUGUAUUUGUUUGUUCAUCCACAGUUUUCAUUUUUCUGGACUCGAGGAAACUUACAAACCAAAUAUGCACUAAAACAUGCUUUUUCACAGUUCAGUCUGCAACGUUUUUAAAUGCUUCAAAAAUGCCCAAUUUCCACGUUCACACUAAAACGCACGUUUGGUGUUUUCAGGUUUUUCGUCAGUGCUUUGGUUCAGAUUCAUCCACUCUGUAAAAACUCUUUACGUCUUGUAUUUGAGAUGUUUUUUUUCUUGUUCCCGCUGAAUUGUGAGUCCUGACUUCUUUGGUUAAUCCGCUCCGGAGGCCGUUCAUUAAAAGCUCUGUUCUUCUUGACUGUACAAAAAUGCGAAGACAACCUCAGGCAUCCUGCUUCACAUGAAAUUGCGAGGCUUUUGAAAGUCAACUAAAGUCUCGCGGGAGGUUUUCAGAUGCGUCAGCACUUUAACUGGAGGCAAAAGGUCUCUUUGUUUUGUCUCUGGAGACGUUUUAGAGGAUGUUUUCAGAUUUAUCCUCUUUCGUGACUCAGUUUUUCUUUUUUUACUCCGAAAUGUUCUCCUCACUAAAACAAGAAGGUUGUGUUUUUAAAAUGUGUUGAUUUAGUUUUCAGUUGAGAGAAAUGCUGUCGUUCUGUAGACGGAGGGAAGAAAACAACAUCUUAAUUUGGCGCCGUCUCUCCCAGCUCCCUUCAGUGCUAUUCUUCACCUGUCCACCAGAGGGCCUCAGACUCUUUCCCCCCACCUGAGCUUACCUGCCCGACUCUCCACCAGCCCCUCACCAUCAGCCACUGACCUACCUGUGCUUUCCUGUAAGCUGUGGUUGAAGCACCGUCGCCUCCCUCUGAUCAGCCGCAGGACGACCGGUUUAAAUUAGCAGAUGUUAAAUUAUCUGUCGUACAUUUUGUAUACUUACUUUACUUGGACUGACUUAAUUACAGGCCAAUGAAGCUGCAGUGAAAUUACAAGUGAGUGGUAGAGCGAGCUAGUGUGUGUGAUGGAGAGAGAGAGGGGGGGUAGAGCGAGCUAGUGUGUGUGAUGGAGAGAGAGAGAGUGGUAGAGCGAGGUAUAGACAGACUGAUAUCCUCUGUGUCUGGUUCAGUUGGAGGCUGAGCAGCUGACAAACCAAAAAUCUGACAACUCUUAAUUCACUAGUAUUAUUAUUAUUGCUGUUGUUGUUCAUUUAAACAGUUAUUGUAAUUAACACUAAAUUUCAGCAAGUCACGUUUAGUCUUUGGAUUAUUUCACCUUCUCAGCAGUGUUGGACGUCACAGAUGAAGGUGGAGGGGCUACAGGAGGACGGGGAUUCUGGUUCUGCGUCUUCAGCAGACCGGACCACCGCCGCUGUUCGUACCAGCGGGACAUCGGCGUGCAGUCCUGGCUCGGCUGAACGCUGCAUGUCCCGGCUGCUGAGCGCGGUGGAGAGCGAGCUACAGGCCGGCCGUGAGAAGGGGGACCCGACGGAGAGGGAGCUGAGGGUGACGCUGGAGGACGGCGAGUUGUGGAGGAAGUUUCAGCACAUCACCAACGAGAUGAUCGUCACCAAGAACGGACGCCGGAUGUUCCCGGUCCUGAAGGUCAGCGUGUCCGGUCUGGACCCCAGCUCCAUGUACUCCUUCCUGCUGGACUUCGUGCCGGCCGACGGCUGCCGCUGGAAGUUCGUGAACGGGGAGUGGGUGGCGGCCGGCCGGGCGGAGGGCCGCGGCGAGGGGCGGGGCCACGGCGGCAUCUACAUCCACCCGGACUCGCCAAACUUCGGGGCUCACUGGAUGAAGGCGGCCGUGACCUUCAACAAGGUCAAACUCACCAACAAGGUCAACGGAGGAGGACAGAUCAUGUUGAACUCUCUCCAUAAGUACGAGCCUCAGCUCCACAUUGUGUGCGUCGGCUCUCGCCAUCGUCUGGUCUCCAACGUGUCCUUCAAAGAAACUCAGUUCAUCGCCGUCACGGCCUACCAGAACGAAGAGAUCACGGCGCUGAAGAUCAAAUACAACCCGUUUGCUAAAGCCUUCCUGGACGCCAAAGAGAGGAACCCAGGUGGACGGGGUCUACCAGAGUCUUUGGAGAGUCGAGCUGGGAUUCAACCCUGCUGGUCGCUGUGCUCAGCUGGAGGGGGCGGGGCUUUUCCUUACAGCAGCAGCCUCCCGCUGACGUCACAUCAUCACCACGGGUAUAAACACCACGGAUAUCCAGGGCGUCACACACCUUACCCCACCGCCUACCUGCCACACCGCUCACACUCCUCAGUUUGUCUGCCUGAAGGUGUUCAGGUGCUAUCAGACGGAUGGAGCAGCACCUCCCCUCGUCCCACCUCCUCCUCUUCCUCUUUACCCUCCACCGCCUCCCUUCCCCUGACCAGCAGCGCUCCUUCCUCACAGCCUCCUCCUCCUCACAACUCCAGUCAGUAUCCCUGUCUGUGGACGGUUGGAUGCAGUGAGCUAAGCCCCUCCCACUCACCCUGCGCCGCUCUCCACGGACCAAUCAGCAGCGAGAGCCUCAUGCAGCCUCCCAGUCACGGCAGAGUGAGUGGUGCUGGAUGGCCGCCUGGCCCCACCCACUCUUUUUGAGGAUGUGAUUGGCCGAAUGGAAGACUACUGGUGACUUUUUGUACAUACUGCUAACCACUGGUGGCUACUAGUAUUUACUUGUGGGCUACUAGUAUUUACUUGUGGGCUACUAGUAUUUACUUGUGGGCUACUAGUAUUUACUUGUGGGCUACUAGUAUUUACUUGUGGGCUACUAGUAUUUACUGGUGGGCUACUAGUAUUUACUGGUGGGCUACUAGUGUUUACUGGUGGGAUACUAGUAUUCACUUGUGGGCUACUUGAACUUACUGGUGGCUACCAGUAUUUACUAGUGGGCUACUAGUGGGCUACUAGUGUUUACUGGUAGGAUACUAGUAUUCACUUGUGGGAUACUAUUAUUUACUAGUGGGCUACUUGUACUUACUGGUGGCUGCCAGUAUUUACUGGUGGGCUACUAGUAAAUACUUGAGUGAGGGCUACUAGUAUUUACUGGUGGGAUACUAGUAUUUACUUGUGGGCUACUAGUGUUUACUUGUGGGUAAAUAGUAUUUACUUGUGGGUUACUAGUAUUUACUAGUGGGUAAAUAGUAUUUACUUGUGGGUUACCAGUAUUUACUGAUGGGCUACUAGUGUUUACUGAUGGGCUACUAGUAUUUACUAGUGGGCUACAAGUGUUUACUGAUGGGCUACUAGUAUUCACUUGUGGGCUACUAGUAUUUACUAGUGGGUAAAUAGUAUUUACUUGUGGGCUACCAGUAUUUACUUGUGGGCUACUAGUAUUUACUGGUGUGCUACCAGUAUUUACUUGUGGGCUACCAGUAUUUACUUGUGGGCUACCAGUAUUUACUUGUGGGCUACUAGUAUUUACUGGUGGGCUACCAGUAUUAACUUGUGGGCUACUUGUAUUUACUGGUGGCUACCAGUAUUUACUAGUGGGCUACAAGUGUUUACUGAUGGGCUACUAGUAUUUACUUGUGGGCUACUAGUGUUUGCUGGUGGCUACUAGCAUUUACUUGUGGGCUACUAGUACCAGUAAUUGUUUGUACAUACUAGUAACCUCAGGUGGUGGUUUAUUCUGGUUACCAGUGACUGUUGUUGACUGUUUUUACAUACUGGGGGCUACUGGUAUAUUCCGGUGGCUAUUUGCACAUGCUGGUAACAACUGAUGGCGACAAUUCACCACUUGUGACUAUUUGCACAUACUGUUGCAUACGACUGGUUGCCAGCCGUAAGUAUCGGAAGCCAAUUGUACAUACUGGUAACCACUGGUGGCUACCUAGAAGCACUGGUGGUUAUUUUUACAAACUGGUGGCUAUGACUGGAACUGACGGUUUGUAAAUACUGGUGCCACUGCUAAUAACUGGUUUUGGCUAAUGGUAUCUACUGAUGGCUAACCUGUACUAGCUUCAGACAGCUAGUAGAGAUCGGUGAUUACUGAAGGUCUCUGCUAGUUGCUACUGGUUGCCAAUAGUAGCCACUGGUAAAUACUGGUGGUUAGUAUCUCUUAAUGAUUGGGUGAAACUACCAAUGGGUACUGGUGACUUUUAGUCAACAGUUGCUAUAUAAACUGCCGUAUUAAUUGCGUGUAAAUAUAUAUUUAUCAUAAUUUUAUUUCUGCAGUUAAUAAUUAUAGAAAAUUAGCCUGUCAACGUUAUACCAUUAAAAAGAAAACAGUCCUGAUGAUGAUUAUUUAAAAUAGUUUUUCCUAUCAACAUGAUCAGAGGAUCUAUAUACUGGUUUUGUUGGUGUGGUGGCGCCCUCUGGUGUUGGAGGUUAAUGGGAGGGUACUGACAGCUGGUUGUUCUGCCUGUCUUUAUUCCAACAUGUAUAUCUGUACAGUCCAUCAGCUGGGGUUGAUAUUUGAUUGAUAUUUGAUUGACAGGGCUCGUUGCUAAUCACCUUUAUAAAGUAAAAAGACAUAUUUCCAGUCCUGGUUAGUCUGUUAUUUCAGCUGCUGCGUGUUUGUUGUUGUCUACCUACUUCUGGAAAGCAGAAACAAAUAAAAUCAAAUUUCAUAUCUGUUCCCUGUGGAAAUACUGACUUCUUUUUCUUCUUCUUCUUCUUCUGCUCUUUGUUGUUCGCUGCUGCAUGACGUUUACAGCAUGGAUGAGACAGAAAAACAGAAGGGUUGCUGUUAUUCUGCUCUGUGUCAGUAAAGUUUUAAAGGAAAAAAUAGCUUGAAAUAUUUUAGUUUUCCUCAACAAGAAGAAACCUUCACUGGGAAAUACAGAAAGAGAGUUAACUGCAACAAAAAACCCCCAAACAGAAAUAAAACAUCAGGUAAUGAACGAAUAAUAAGAAAUGAUUAAAAUAGAAACACAGAGACUAACUGUUAUAACCAUAUGGUUAGUAAAAAUAAUGAGUAAGUCAACCAGUGUCAUAUUGUGUAUGUAAAUUGUGUAUUUCUGACUGUGUAUUUGUCACUGGAUGUACUGUAUGUUUAUUUUUGUCCAGAGGGUCAAAUAAAGAAAGAAAGAAAUGAAUUAUUAAACUACAGAUUUUUCAAGUACUA